AUGUCUUUAGACAGGACUCGACAACGCAACGCAGAUCAGUUGAGUUCAUGUGAGUUCACAUGCCGUGCCCCUUCUCUUCACCGGCUGCUAACGGGGCUGUGGCUUAGCGAGAAAUGGCCUGCACUUCUAGAGCCACUGCUUGAGCGAUUGGAUCAUAUAGCACAUAAUGAAUUCCGGAUACCUCAGAUAUCGGUCUUCGGCUCCUUUGAAACCAUCCAAACCCUCCCCCUCAUGUCGCAAUCACAGCCCACCAGCGAAUCCUUACCAAAUAGCAAUAAAGAGAACGCCCCUCCAUCUCAGGUGCAGUCACCACAGAGACCACCUGUGCCAUCCUUUUCCUCCCCUGCUUCUGCCGCCGUAGACCGUAUCCCGGACUCUCAAAUUUCUCAACACGUGUCUAAUGGAUUGCCGCCACCCCUUCUAGCGGAAUUGACAUCAAUCAAGAACACAUUAAGAUCCUAUUUCUCUCAGAAGCCACCGCAUACAAUCCAGCGUCUCGCAGAACUUGUACUACGUCCUACGCAAAAUUACAAAACCUUACCAGCCUAUCUACGAGCCGUCGAUAGGGUGGUUUCAGUGUCUAGCGGGGCAGACAUAUUCCCUCUCCCAGUAUCCUUGCCAACAGAAAACAUAUUAGAUGGAUCGUUAGCAAACGGAGUCAACGGAUCUAGCAAUACUGGGUUCAUGCUGAACGAUAAUUCUCUCGGGAGUGACGAAUCUCUUGGUGGCGCGUUAUUAACCCCUAUCCCCUGGCUAAACAACUCAACGCCGUCCUCGGAUGAUGACGAUAUUAUGCAAGAGCUUGGAGGUCAAACACGGAGUGGAAAUUUGUCAAAUUCGAACCAGACCUCCUUCCACCAUGAUAAUGACUCCUCUAGUCACCACAGCCAAAUAAACCAAGGUCCAAGUGUACAUGUGGCAGCGGGCAAUGUAGAAAACGAUGCGCCUCAUGUUCUUGAUUCUGAAAAUGUGGAAGAAUUGCCCCAUGCUCGUGGCCCAGAUGUUUUGGGUGUAGAGGAUCUGGGCCUACAGGAUGGGAAGGGUGUUACAAUGUCUCUUGCUCGGACUUCUCCACAAUCUGAAUCGUUGGGAGAAGCUGUGUCCAAUGCCCAAGAGGCUAAUGCUGAUAAGACUAUGGAUGAAGAUGCACCUGGAGAGCCGGAUGGGGAUGGGGAGGCUGAUGCAGAUGGUGACAUUGAUAUCAUGGACACUGGCCCAAAGGUCGUUGGAGAUCAGGCGGCCGCUAGCUCGUCAAAAGCCUCCGGGGAUGAGAAUCCGAUACACAAGCCAGGGGAUGAAGAGUGA